GUUGCACACCAUCCAUGAUGGCUGACGUUGGCGGCGAGAACGACGAGAAUGGGCUUCGUGCGCGGUCCAUGUCCACGCCGAGGAAUCCACGCCAUGCUGAGCUGUGUGAGGAGCUGAGGACAGCAAGCAUGGCGGCGACGCCAACGCUGCUGCGAACGCCGCUGGACCGGUUCCGGCUGGAGAAGCUCGUGCACCAGCAGGAUCGGCGGCUGAAGAUCCUCAGCUCGGAGAAGCUGGCCUUGCAGCAGGAGCUGGAGAUGGCAAACGACCGCGCAAAGAAGCUGGAAACCGCAACACAGGCGGCGGAGACGCAGCGCGACAUGGCAAAGAAGCAGCUGGCCGAAGCAGAGCAGCGCGCCAAGGACGCACGGCAAACACACGACCAGGCCGCAUUGCAGACGCAGCUUGCAGAGGCCAACUCGCUCAUCCACAGGCUCGAAACGCAGAACGCCACGCUCGCUGCGCAGGUGGAGGCUGUUGGGCAGGCAUUUAUCCAAACCAUGUCCGCGACAGGGCUCUCGGAGCUCGGGUCGCGCAGUCCAAUGGAGUGCGUGCAGUCGUUUCUGGAGGAGUACGAGGCGCAGCGGCAACUCCGCAUGAACCUUCAGCUCGACCUGGACAGGUCCAUGGCCGUUGUUGAGGCAUGCAAGGCCAAAAUCGCCCAAGACCGCGACAUGCUGAUGCAACUUGAAGCACAGGCAGAAGAGCUUGAGGAGGAGAAUGACUCGCUCCGGCAGCGCCUGAAGAAUGCGCAGGCAGAGGCAUCGCAAGCGCACGAUACGGUGGAAGCGCUGCAGGCGGACAAAUCGGAACUGCUGUCCGAACUCAAUGCAGAACGCGACAAGUACACGUCAUUGCGUCAUCGCUUGGAAGACAUGACGCAAGACGCAUCCUCUGCCAGCAGCGGCAAGAAGAGCCAGCGCCGCGCACGCCGCUCAACUGCUGCCGCCUUCAACGCCUCGCUGUCCCGUGUGGACGAGGGCGAGAGAAGGGCUGGUAGUAGCGGUCGCGACGGCAGCAGCACAGACGAGGACGAAGAGAAAGAGUUUAUUGACGAGCUGCAGGCGAAGCUGGUGGAUGCCCAGGCCGAACAAGACCGCCUGCGAACCUUCCUUGCCGAAGAGACACAGGACUAUCACAAGCACGUGGCGCUGCUUGGGGAGAUGCUUGCGACGGAGCGGGAAACAAAUGCCAGUCUGCGCGAAGAGCUGCAGGGCCUGGAGAUGGCAUACAGAACAGAGAUUGAGCAGACAAAGCUCGAGCUCGACGACUACAGAGAGGCGCUGGAAGCAACGUCCGCAGAGCUGAACGAGGCCGUGGCACGUGCAGAGACCGUGGAGUUGGAAUUCGAGUCCACCAUCACGGGUGUGCAGGAGCGAUUGCUGCUUGACGAACACACAGAGACGCCGCGCUUCUCGCGCACCUCCUUUGCCGCGUCGCCAACCACCACCCCAUCGUCACCCUCCGACAUGCUCGAGGGAACAGAUGCACGCACACACCAACAACAACAUCAAGGACACAACACUGAAGCACGUGUUUCGCAGCAACCGGCGAGCAAAGAAUAUCCACCACCAGCCGCACCCGUCACAUCAGCUGCAGCAGCAACAACAACGCAAGAUGAGACGACGAUGCACCAUCAUCAUGGUGACGAUGCAAGUCGCCCGCACUCACCAGAACCGAGCGAGGACCAGGCCACUACCAUGGGGAGUCCGUGGAAGGAAGUGCCGGAAGCAAGCACGCUGUUUGCGACAGUGGACCGGUGGCGUGAGACGAAGAACAAGCGGCUGCGCUCUGCACGGCGCGAGCUGCGGCACGUGCAGAAGCGGCUUAUGGAGACUGAAUCCAGUCUAAUGCGGCUGCGAUCACGCUCUCGCCACUCCACGGCCUCCAUCCCCACAUCACCCACCGCAACAGCAACCACAACAGCGUCUGCGCUGCUGGUGGAGACGCCGCCCGCAGCCCGCGCCGGUGAUGGCAGUCGAGUUGUGUCGCCCAGCCAGCUGCAUGCAAGCAUCAGCGCAUCCCGUGCGAACGAGCGGCCAUCGUUGCCUGCAGGCACACUCGCGGGCAUGCUGCAAGGCAGCCGCCACAUGCGCGCGCACAGCAGCAGCGACUGCGUAGCUGGCGUGGUGACCAAAGACGACGUCAUUGCUGAUUUGAUGCGCGAUUAUGAGAUGGACAUCAGCGGUGCUGCGGGAAAACUGGCGCGUCUCAUGCGCACAAUUGCGGAGAAGAAGAGAGAGCUCGCCGAACUCACAGCAAGCGUCACCGUCGCCCGCGAAAACACCGCCUCCAGUGCGGCCGCGGCUGCCAAUGGUGGCGAAAGUGGUGAUGACCAUUACGACGACAAGGAUGCUAGCAGCUGUGGCAGUGGUGAUCAUGGUGACGAUGAUGAUGAUGACGAGGAGGAGGAGGGUGGUGGUGUCAGCCGCAAUGAGCGUGCCAACGGCAGCAAGACAGGCAGCAGCAGAAGUGACAGUGCCUUCCACAAGUCGCGGCAGUCGGAGGCCACAGCAACACCGGCGCACGGCGAUGCUGCCGGUGACACUAGCAACAACGACAAAGACAAGAACAAGCCGCCGUCCUCAUCGUCAUCAUCAUCUGCAUCAUCUGUAAGGGCAAAGCACGCAUCCAGCAAACCCGAUGCUGAUGGCUUGGGUCGUCGCAGCAAGAAGACGAGUCGCAGCGCAAGCACGACCAGCAUUGCUCUGCCUGGCAGUGGCAGUGGUGCCGAUCACAGCGACAGUUUGCUGGGUGGUGAAAGCGUUGAUGCGCUGAUUGCCAAACUGAACGACGCAAAGGAAACAAUCAGGCAUUACGAGGAGCUGAGCUGGGCCCUUGUGAAUGCCCAGCCCUUACCAACAACAUCAGCAUCAAUUCAAGCGACAGCCGUCAACAGCAGCGGUUGUGAUGGUGGUGAUGCUGGCAACAGCGGCAGAGGCGAUGCCGGGCACGAUAGUCACGCUUCUGCACCCACUGAGCCAGGCGCUGCCAACCCUGAUGGUGGUGCCGCUACUGGUCAUAGUGCAUCUCACACCACCACCACCGCCUCCAAGUCCACUGCAUCGAGGGCGCGGGCACGCACGCGCAUCAUCCGACGCCACACGUGGGUUGCACCUGCGGCGCUGAUCAAACUGCAGACGUGGGCAGCUGACCGCCUCCCACGCCGUGCUCCGCGCACCCGCCACGGCCGGAGCGAUGGCGAAGGCACUGUUGGUGGUGGUGGGGACGAGCAUGAUGACAACUGUGUGCUCGUGGAGAGCGCAGAGGCCGCCGCGAACAAGGGCAAACAUGCCCUGUGCGUGCUUGCAGGCAACCCCGACAGCCGCCGGGCGUCUGUGCGCUCGUCGUGGAGCAUUGACUCGCUCGCAGAGGAUGCACUUCGCGCUGUGCGGGAGGAGAGGCGGCAGUCCCGUGCGGCCAUCCACCAGCAGCAGCUGACCCUGGUUGCUGUUGCUGUAGCGUGGAUGAUGAUGGCACUGGGCGGUGUUGGUCGCGGCGCCGCGCUGCUGUGGUCGCUGCUGGCUGGACUUGCCUCGCUCAUCUGGUUGCUCGUCACAUCCCCGUCAUCGGCGCCGUCGUGGCUGUUGAAAUCCCUUGCGCGCCUGGGGAAGAAGACGCGUGGAGAGAACAGCACAUCUCAGCCCCUCGUCACCCUCUGCAGCACACUACCGUCUGCGCUCGACGCGACGCACACAGACGAACUCCGUUAUCAACUCUUCAACACCGUGGAUGCCGCCACGUUGUCUGGCGUGGAGGUUCGCUGCGUGUGGCGCGGUGAUCGCAGCAGCCACCACAUAAAGCGCCUCACACGCCAGCUCGCCUCGCCUACGACACGCGAUGGCUUCUACAACACAGCAUUGGCUGCUGUCCCAUCGCCAUCCACCGUCUGUGCACAGGCAACACUGGUUGAUGCCAGCCUGCUUCAGACAGCAUCACCACCGUCGUCGCCAUCAUCAUCAUCAUCGUCGUCAUCGGUGAAGUUUCCCCGUUCGUUUGUGGUUACAGUGCUUCCCCGGGUGGAGGCAGCCAACGUGCUGGGUACGCUGCUGCUGCACCUGGGUCAGCAGCAGCAACGCGUGCGCCCCUCAGGACAGUCCAAGGGCACCGGCGUGAGCGCACACUUGCAUGCGGUGGCUGGCGGCGCUGUGGCUGUCGCGAUGCUAGCGCGCUUCCUCCUCGUGACCAUCUUCCAUCACCUGUGGGCACGCAUCAGCGGUGGUGGGAAUGUGCCGUUGGUCGACAACAACAGCAGCAGCGGCGGCGGCAUACACAACACGACCAAAAACGCGCAGAAGAAGGCGGCAAAGCGCAAGCACAGCAAACACAACAAGCACGAACACCGCCAGUCCUCGCAAGCCUUGUCCAUGCCACACCCAUCCUCAUCCUCAGCAUCAUCAUCGUCAUCGGCAUGGGCUGUGGGCGGAAAGUCGCGUCGAACAUCAAACGCAGCGCCUGUCAUCUUUGCUCGCUCAGCGGUAACGGGGCCACCGCCGCCGCCACCAACUUCUGCAGGCUCAUCCGAUAUGCAUUCGUGUGUCAGUGCGCUUGCCAGUGCCAUACAUGCCCUUCUGAACGGCCCACUGUGUGGUGGUGGCAAGGCACAGCAGCAACCACGGCGGAAUCUCGUUGUCGCCCUCUCUGUGUACAUGACGGCGUCGCAGUCGCCACUGCGGUUUCUCACGACCGCAGCAGCGCUUCGCACGGCCACGCGCACACCCCACAUGCUGGCUGCCCUCCUUGCAACCUCCUCCGCCUCCUCAUCAUCAUCAUCAUCAUCGUCAUCAUCAUCAUCAUCAUCGUCGUCGUCGUCGUCGUCGUCGUCAUCGCCACUGUCCAUUAGGACAUCAUGUUUUGCGGCCAGCGAGGCGUUGUUGCGGCUUGUUUCUCGUUCCCUCUCGCUGUGUGCUGGCGUGCGUGCAAACACAUGUGCAGACAUCAGUCUCCACGUCCUUCCGCCACUCUGUGUGCCAGCAACCAUGUCGACACAGACGCUCGCGUCAGAUGUGGACAUGUAUGUGCAGGAUGCGGGGUGUGCUGGCCCUUCCGUGUGUUUGAGUGCUGUCAACUCGACGCUGUUUGUGCACGCAACGGACGCAUCAGGGCGAUUGUCUGCCAGUGCUCUGCAGGACGCCGUCGCCCUCGCCGCGCAGGACGCCUGGCAUUGAGUCUGAUCGUGUGUGUGUGCGUGUGUGUGUGUGUGCGUGUGCGUGUGCGUGUGCAUACUUGUGUGUGUGUGUGUGUGUUCUGUUGAGACGAGUGCACUGUAACUAUCAACUUUGCUCGUCCCGUGUGGCUGGCAAGGUUAGCUUCCUCUUGUCUUGGAUCGUCCUAGCAGUGAGCUUACGCAAGAUUUCAUGUGUGUGCAUACAAGGUGGUUUCACAUUGUUCGUUGUGCCGCAACGCACAACUGAAUGUCAACCAAUUUCAGCGUGCCUUCAAACUGUUCGUUCUCAUUAGACUGUACUUAUGCCC